CCAAAACCUCCCCGACACGAAAAAGACGAAAAGCCAGCGUCCCCGUAGCAUCGACGCUUCCAUUUACAACACCAACAAAAAAAGAAAAAGCCACCAAAACCUACCCAACACUCACAACCACUGUAACAGUAAGUUGGAGUAUUCUCUCUCUCUCUCUCUUUCUUUUCUGUUCUGCCAUGCCAAUGUUUAGUGUUGCCUCAUAAAUGCCUUUCAACUUUUUUUUGACGAUUCUCUGCCACCUUGGUCGCUUCACACACCCAAACCCUACACCGCGCAGGAAAUAAGUAAAUCACAGUAAAUUCCUCUUCUUCUUUUCCUUUUUACUCACUCGUCUUCUUCUUUCCCUUAAAACGCAAACGACACGGUUACCGGUGAAGAACUCAACAGAAAUGCAUGGGAGCAAUGCAAUGAAUGAACGUCGUUCGUUUUUGGCUUUCACUGCGAACAAAUUUUUAAACCGUGUGUGUGUGAUGUAGGUGUAGUAUUAGCUUUUAGAUACUAGAUAGCUGGCUUUUUGAUUGAAUGAAAUGAACGCUUCGUUUUUUUCUCUUUUCUCUUUUUAGGUCUCACACUCAUCUCAUCGUAGCCCCGUGACACUCACUGACUUCAUUUUCUCCGAAUCGACGGCUAUUCGUGCCUCGUUGACUCGCUUCUUCACAUGAUGUGAUGUCUAUAUAUGAAUGUGACCUUACCUUUUUUUUUUUCUUCUUCUUCUGCAGAUCUGUGAAAACUUAAAAAAACACUAUUAUCUUUUUCUCUCUUUCUCUCCUUCCAUGCCGUGACUACUAGUUAGUUCCAACCAUUUCAACUUCCGAACGACGAGCCGUGGUGUUCUUAGUUUCAUGGAAGCGCCUUCGGUUCGACGAAUCGCUGUCGUCGUCUUCGUAACCGUCUCCGUCUUCUCCAUCGCACUCGUUGCCGUUUUGACAGAUUUUGGCGGCGGCGGCGGUGGGACUCUCACCGAUACCAUGGCGGCGGUGUCCUUGUCGCGUGGUUUGGAUGAAGUAACCAACACGUUCCUCCCUAAUUCGCAUCGCAAACUCCUUACCAGUGGCAAUGGCAAUGAAAGAGUGGAACCAAACCGAAUAUGGGGCGAGAAGUGCAGCAAAAGUGAUGUAGUGAUAAACCAGGGCCCCACAGCACCUCUCCCAAGUGGCAUUCCGACCUACACAGUAGAGAUAAUGAACAUGUGCGUGAGUGGAUGCGACAUCUCUGGCAUACACCUCAGAUGCGGCUGGUUCAGCUCUGCACGCCUAAUCAACCCUAAGCUCUUCAAGCGCCUCCGUUACAACGACUGCCUCGUCAAUGAUGGCAGGCCCUUGAUCAACGGUGCCACCAUUUCAUUCCAGUAUGCCAACACCUUCCUCUACCCUCUCUCAGUUUCCUCUGUUGUCUGUGUAUGAACUCUGAAAUCAUGCAUGCAUGAUUACAUCACACCCCUUAAUUCUUUUUACUUGUAUAUACUACACACCAUAGGUAUAUGAAUAUGUGGGCAUCUAUCACUUGUGCACGUGAUGGGAAUGAGGAUGAGAAUGGAAAUGGGAAUGUGUUUUUACAUUUUUUUAAUAGAUAGGAAAUGUGGAGAGUGAGGACAUGGCUACAAACAACCAAAACCCAAUUUGCCUUUGCUUUUUUUUUCUUCUUAUGUUUCUGGUUGUUUUGGGCAUGAUGAUGAGAUGAUGAUGAUAUACUAGUACUAC